ACGGAGCUUUGCCUGAUUUAGGAGGAGGGCCGUGUGGCUGCACUUAGAAACGUAAGGAGGUCGAGCGGGGAGGUGGCAAGUGGAACAGGCUAUUGUUGUAAGAGCUCUUUGCGCUGCUUCUCUUCAUGAUCACGCGCUUUGCUGCAGCGUGGAGCCCCACUGAACCCCGGGGCCAGUCCCGUUCCGCCCUUGUCAGGCAAUGCGGGGCGGAAAAUAAGCAGCAACUUCUUCGCGAGUUUCCAGGCCCAUUUGCUUUUUGGUGCCACCCUUCGCCUUCGGUAUUAGGAGCAGCAGCAGGAGCCAACGAUGGGCUGAGUUGGGGGGAUUCGCAAGAGAGGUGGCGGACCCAGUGUAUCAGUCAGUCAGUCGGGCAGUAGGUCCUUCAGUCCGUCCCUCCCCCCACAGGCCCGUGCCAGUGAAGCGAGUGUGUAUUUCUGUGUGGCGGAGUCUUUGUGUAAUGUGUUUUUCAUGACGGCGAGGCAGAAGAAUUUUCCGCUUUGGUUAUAGAGAGUUGCAAGAGAGGUUUAGCUUGUGCUUUAUGCUGUCUUCCGCAUUGUAAUCUCGUUGACGCUGCCGAUCUUCUGCAUAGGCGUAGUGUGGUACAUGUGGUAUAUAUAUCAGUCUGUCUUCUUGACUUAAAGAAGAGCUGCUCUCGUUUGAAGGUUCAAUAUAAAUCGAACUGAAGGCACGUUUUGCAGUUACACUUGGAAUAGUUUUGCUGACGUUGCAGCUUAAUCAAUUUUAAAUUAAAAAAAGAACAACAGUUGCUCUUGAAUUCUGUGCUCCAAGCAUUCUUCAGGGAGGUUGGGAAUGCAUGUUGUCGUAAACAAUUGAAAAGAAAAAAAAAAAAAAAAAAAAAAAAAAGGAGAAAGAUAUAGAGGUGCGAAAGCUUGCGUUGUAGUGUACAUGAAUGAUGAGAAGCGUGUGCGCUGAAGUGCAUGUGGUCUGAGGUAGAGUGGAACUCACUUGAAGCAGGUGGUGUAGAGUACAGGAAUCGGAGCAUAGAAGUUCCACAUGCUUGUUUCGAAUCCGAUUAAGUACAGUUCUACAGGGAAUCGAACCACGCAAUGCGAGCCGAGUACUGAAAAGCUCGUCCGAGCGUGUAGAGUGGGAAGUUAGUGUCAUUGCGUACACAAGGAAACUGGUUAGUGUUGUGGAAAGGUUUUCGUUGGCUUAACGACAAUGGUUUCUCCUUACAUGGUUGCGGGCCCCUUCGGAUCGUACGGGCUUCCGGAGAUAGACAAGCCCUCUAUCCCGGAGGUCUUCCACAUUGAUGAUCUGCUGGACUUCAGUUGCGACGAUAUCGGGGGCCCCAUAUUGGGGGGUCAUUUGCCGCUGUCUGGGGUGACGACUGAGAGCUCUAUGAUUGGUGGUGAGACAAGUAUUUCAUCUUCUCCUAUUGAAGCUAAGAACGAGACACUAGAGCCCGCAUUGGAGGACAUUGAAGUCAAGACAGACCUUUGCGUGCCAUGUGAUGACCUUGCCGACCUCGAGUGGCUUUCAUCGUUUGUGGAAGAUUCGUUUACGGUGGUUAACACACCAGAGGUGUUUUCAACAUAUGGCGGAUUCCCGUCCGCAUUAGGCAAUGGCGACCGAACACCCACCAUGAAACUGAGUGACUCGUACCAGCCCUAUCAGAAACUAAGCCCAACUUCAGUCUUGGAGACGAGUGCAACUUCUUCUGAACUCACUUCACCAGAUUACAGGGAUGUAUGCGUGCCUGGAAGAGCACGAAGCAAAAGGUCAAGGACAGGCGCAAAGAUAUGGACAUCAAGAAUUCUAUCCACCAGCUCCUCUGUGAAUAGCCUCGAAUCGAUGGGAGCUGACUCGUACGCCAUGUCUUACAAUCCAAUUGUGUCGUCGUCAGAUGGCUGUGGCGACAGUACGGUGGAUGUUGUUGAGCAAGACGAUGAGGAUUCGCAAGGCUCCAAGCGGUACAAGGUGACGAAUGAUGGCCACAGCCAGAGUGAAAGCAAGGACAACAUCAGCGCAAACUUUCACAGUAAUGCCAGCAAAGGGAGAAAGAAAAAUCAAGACAAUUCGCAGCCGUGGCGGUGCAUGCAUUGCCAAACCCAGCGCACACCGCAGUGGAGGACAGGGCCCAUGGGACCCAAGACAUUGUGCAAUGCUUGCGGGGUGCGAUACAAGUCUGGAAGGCUGCUUCCGGAGUACCGACCUGCGGGAUCUCCCACUUACGUGGCGUCGAAGCAUUCCCAUUCGCACAAAAAGGUGCUGGAAAUGAGGCGAGAGCGAGAGUUGCGGAUUCAGCAGACGGGAGGGCAUGGGGUGCAGCAGCAGCAGUCCAUGCACGGGGCAACACCGUUGCGAGAGAAGACGAACAACCAGAAGGUGGCGGGAGCGAAGAGCUCGAGUGGGGAGCACGUGAAAUCGGAGUAUGGAGGUGGGUAUGGAUCGAAGAAUUUGGAGACAAUGCAGAAGAGUUUCUCGAAGCCGAUGGAGAUGCCUCGGCCUGGGAAGCCUGAGAUGAUGAAGUACGCGAGCAAGGCAUCGGGGAUGGAGUUUGCGAAGUGUUUGACGAGCACGACAGCGGUGCUUGGGUCUCGGUUGGAGUUCGGGUUGGAUGACAACAGCAUGAGGGAGAUGAGGGGAUUGUAAAGCCCUAGUAGGACAACAACGAUCUGGAAACUUGAAAACAAAUUACGCCGAAGAGGGAGAUUAUGAAGAAAAAGCAGCAAAAAAAGGCAAAACUAAGCCGGGUGAAUAUAUACUCUUUUGAGGAUCAUUAUGAAGAGACUUUGUACAUGGGAGAUAGUAAGUGAUACUGAAAGUGGCUUAGGAUAUCAAAGAUGUCGGAUUGAUCGCUUUUAUGACCCCCCUACUAGUGAGGUAGCCCUCCCCCUCCCCCUGAUUUUGUUAGAAAACUACUACGAACAAUACGAACUGGAGCGGCAUGAGUGUACUUGGUUAGUGGCUAGCUUGUUGUGGAAUUCACAAUGGUUUUGUAGAUGCCAAAUUCAUUAGGGCAUUCCUUGGUCAAUGCCUCCGUAGCAACAGUAGACACCAACGUCAAAUGAAAAUCCAUGAUUUUGGGUCUAUAAUUCUUUUUUUAACAAAAGCACACACGCAGCGCUGGUUGUUGUAAUUUAUUC